AUGAAUAAGAAAGUCUAAUAAGCGAUGAAUAGCCUUUUGUUGGUCUAUGUAAUUCAAUGUGUGGUGGACAACACUGGACAAAGAUGAAAUACUCUUCUCCCACCAGACUAGCAUUGGACCCAUGCGAGCUUAAAUUCCAUAAGAGAAUUGCUCGUGGAGCAUUUGGUUCAGUGUACUUAGCUACGGAUCCCAAUGGUUACAAGUAUGCAGUUAAACGUAGUCGAAAAUUUGGCACCAAACGUUCCAGGGAGCUAAUAAAUCUAGGGCUUUGCAAAGAUGCUGCGAAUAUAAUGCAAUAUAUGGGCACAUUUUACACCAGGAAUCGCAAUGGAAUCCUUAUGCAGAAUUCACUUUUUGAGCAUGUGCCAUAUAACCUCCGUUCAUUUAUAAGACACAUGAGAGGCAACAUGGAGUCCCAUUGUGAAAGGAUUAAUGCUAUUACACCGGAUAAUCCAUCACAUGCGGCAGCUCAGGUAACCGGUACUAAGGAUUACUUGAUAUUACGUGUAUUAUGUGACGUGGUGAAUGGCAUAUUGGAGCUACACGGCAGGGACCUAGUCCAUCGUGAUUUAAAACCUGAUAAUAUAUUGAUAGACGACGAUAAAUCUCCGACAAUUGCCAAGAUUUGUGAUCUCGGCUCCGCUAAGCGGAUUACAAGAUUAUCCAUGACCGCUAGAUCGGAUUCCGACAUGACUGUAGAACCAUCUACUCCGUAUGUUUGCUCUCGUUGGUACAGGGCACCGGAGUUGCUAUUCGGCCGUACUUAUUAUAGUGUACGUUACGCGUUACAUAUUAAUCUAAUUGUAGGCAUCGGUAGACAAUUGGUGUAGGUA